GUCGUUUCUGCGCUCUGAUCUCUGAAGCAGCUGAUCUAGCCUCUCUGUUAGCGAUUUUCAAUAAGACUGGUAGGCUGUCUUUAACAGCCCCAGUAACAUUUGGUCUUGGCUGUAAUUCCUCAGCUCCCUAUUUCCCACUGACGGCAGUAGCCAGCCAACCUUGACUCAAUGAUACCGAUAAGGUCCCCUGCGUCCGCUUCGCAACUCCCGACUCUUCUCACUCUUUGCUUUGGGACCCUGUCAAUCCUCUUAUAGCCUCUCGCGCAGCGUUCUGUUUUCUGGUUUGAGCUUGUCUAAACUCUCGAGGGCUGUCAAGGAGACUCCUGCUGUGUUUCCAGCGUAUUUGGGCCGUUUCGCGACUCCCAGAAAAUGGUCUCUGCUGCCCGGUCAGUGUCGCCGGCGGCUGCCGAAUUAGUGCCGCCCUCAAACGGAAACUACCACCACCGCCGCAGCUACGAACCCGAAGACGACGACGAUGCCGAUUCGUACAAUGCUGUAGACCGUAGCUCACACAGUCCGUCAACAGCAAGUGUCGAACUCGUUGCGCGAGGGCGAUCGUCCCGCUCUCUAUCCACAUCGACAACCGCGAGUAAGGGGAGCUUUCGUUCCAAGAUGCCCUCAUGGGUGACAAACAUGGGACGACGGACGCUGGGAAUCGUACUGCUCCUGGUUGUGGUAUUCCUAUGGACGGUAUCCAACUUCCUCGCCAGCGUCAUGUUCGCCGAUGGCUCCUACAACAAGCCUUUCUUCCUCCUCUACGUCAACAUCUCCAUGUUCGCCCUCGCCCUUAUACCUAUGGGGAUUCGACAUGUUAUGCAGUAUGGGUGGCCGGCAUCAAAACGACAGCUGGUAGAGGCUUGGUACGAAAUACGACAGGGCAGGUCAUACCAAAAGGUCGCCAUGGUCGACGACGAAGACGCGAGGGCAGGCGAGAGCCUUUUGAUCGACGACACCGGCAGCCUCAAAUCCAACAAAUGUGAGCAGCUCAGUUUGGCCGAGACCUUCUGGCUCAGCCUCGAGUUCAGCAUGCUCUGGUUUGCGGCCAACUACUUUGCGUCGGCAUGUCUCGAGUACACCAGUGUCGGCAGCGUGACGAUCUUGUCAUCAACGAGCAGUAUCUGGACUUUGAUCUUCUGCGCGCUGGCCGGCGUGGAGGGUUUCACGGUGCGGAAACUUUUGGGAGUGCUGGCGUCGCUGGCCGGCGUGGUGCUCAUCUCGUCGUUGGACAUGAGCGGCGCGAGUGACGAGAUGCGAGGAGACUUCCCGGAGAAGUCGAGGACGGAGAUUGCGAUUGGCGAUGCCAUGGCCUUUUUCAGUGCCAUUGUGUAUGGCGUUUAUGUGACGGUGAUGAAGAAGAGGGCCGUUGAUGAGGAUCGUAUGAACAUGACGCUGUUCUUUGGGAUCGUAGGGGUACUUAAUCUGGUAUUUCUUUGGCCACUAUUCAUCAUCCUGCAUGUCACAGGAAUCGAAACUUUCGAACUACCGCCAAACGGCACGACUUGGGCCAUCAUCUGGAUCAAUACCAUCUCUUCGUUCUUCAGCGAUAUCAUUUGGGCAUACGCCAUGCUUCUUACCACACCACUUGUCGUUACCGUCGGCCUAUCUCUUACGAUACCACUGUCGCUUAUUGGCGAGAUGAUUCAAUACCACCAAUACUCCAGCUGGAUUUAUUGGGUCGGAGCUGGUAUCGUGGUCUUCUCCUUUGUGUUUGUGAACAACGAGAGCCACGAGGAAGGCAAUGGUAAUGGAGAAUGCAAAGCGAACGAUAAGGAGCAACAGACAACAGCUGAGGUGAGGAACGUUGUGGGAGGGUCGAGCACUUCCGACGCAGCUAUCGCUGUCUAAUAUGUCGGGAGAUUUCGCGGAUGACUUCUUGUGCAGAGCGUGGCAUCU